GGCGGGGACCGCUGCGGCGUUCAGUCUCCACCCGGACUCCGCCAUGUUGAGUCUUGUGGGGCGUGUGGCCUCGGCCUCGGCCUCCGGGGCCCUCCGGGGACUCAGCCCUUCGGCGUCGCUACCCCAGGCGCAGCUUUUACUGCGAGCCGCCCCCGCCGCGGUCCAUCCUGCCAGAGACUAUGCGGCGCAGACGUCGCCGUCGCCCAAGGCGGGCGGUGCCACCGGCCGCAUCGUGGCGGUCAUCGGCGCCGUGGUGGACGUCCAGUUCGAUGAGGGAUUACCACCCAUCCUGAAUGCCCUGGAAGUGCAGGGCAGGGACACCAGGCUGGUUCUAGAGGUGGCCCAGCACUUGGGGGAGAGCACCGUCAGAACCAUUGCUAUGGAUGGUACUGAAGGUUUGGUUAGAGGCCAGAAAGUACUGGAUUCAGGCGCACCAAUCAAAAUUCCCGUUGGUCCUGAGACCUUGGGCCGAAUCAUGAACGUCAUUGGAGAACCUAUUGAUGAGAGAGGGCCAAUCAAAACCAAACAAUUUGCUCCUAUUCAUGCUGAAGCUCCUGAGUUCAUAGAGAUGAGUGUUGAGCAGGAAAUCCUGGUGACUGGUAUAAAGGUUGUGGAUCUGUUGGCCCCAUAUGCCAAAGGUGGCAAGAUCGGACUCUUCGGUGGGGCUGGCGUUGGGAAGACAGUACUGAUCAUGGAGUUAAUCAACAAUGUGGCUAAAGCCCAUGGUGGUUACUCUGUAUUUGCUGGUGUUGGUGAGAGGACCCGUGAGGGCAAUGAUUUGUACCAUGAAAUGAUUGAAUCUGGUGUUAUCAACCUAAAAGACGCCACCUCCAAGGUGGCGUUGGUGUAUGGUCAGAUGAAUGAACCACCUGGUGCUCGUGCCCGGGUAGCUCUGACUGGACUUACCGUUGCUGAAUACUUCAGAGACCAAGAAGGUCAGGAUGUCCUGCUGUUUAUCGACAAUAUCUUUCGCUUCACCCAGGCUGGAUCAGAGGUGUCUGCCUUAUUGGGCAGAAUCCCUUCUGCUGUAGGCUACCAGCCCACCCUCGCCACUGACAUGGGUACAAUGCAGGAAAGAAUCACCACCACCAAGAAGGGGUCUAUCACCUCUGUGCAGGCGAUCUAUGUGCCUGCUGAUGACUUGACUGACCCUGCCCCUGCAACCACCUUUGCCCAUUUGGAUGCUACGACUGUGCUGUCCCGUGCCAUUGCUGAGUUGGGCAUCUAUCCAGCUGUGGACCCUCUGGACUCCACCUCUCGAAUUAUGGAUCCAAAUAUCGUUGGCAGUGAGCAUUACGAUGUUGCACGAGGGGUGCAGAAGAUCCUGCAGGACUACAAAUCUCUCCAGGACAUCAUUGCCAUCUUGGGUAUGGAUGAACUUUCUGAGGAAGAUAAAUUGACUGUGUCCCGUGCAAGGAAAAUACAGCGCUUCCUGUCUCAGCCGUUCCAGGUUGCUGAGGUCUUCACGGGUCAUAUGGGAAAGCUGGUGCCCUUGAAGGAGACCAUUAAAGGGUUCCAGCAGAUUUUAGCGGGUAACUAUGACCAUCUCCCAGAACAAGCUUUCUAUAUGGUGGGACCCAUUGAAGAAGCUGUGGCGAAGGCUGAUAAGCUGGCGGAAGAGCAUGCAUCUUGAGGGGUCCUUGUGCAAACUCUGUGUACUGUAUUCUCCGUGCUGAAAGCUCAGUUUCUGUGUAGGCCACACAAGAGCCUUGACUGAAGAUGUGAUGUCCUACCUGAAGAGUAUUUAAAGUUUUCAAUAAAGUGUACACCCCUCAUUUGUCA